GACACCCAUUGAUAUGAUAUCUUCUCUACAAUUAUGGAACACUUUACUCUCCAAUCUCUCCUUUUGCUUCUCCUUAUCCUUCUGCUUUCAGUUUCCUUUUACUUUCAAUACUCAUCCUUUAAAACGCGAGUCGUCAAAACAGGCAUAAAAAACUACCCAAUUGUCGGAGCCCUACCGGAAUUCUUAAUCAACCGCAACCGAUUCCUCCAAUGGAGCACUGAAAUCCUAGCCUCCAAAUGCCCCACCAACACGGCCGUCUUCCACCGUCCGUACAACUUCAACGGCAUCAUGACGGCGAACCCCUUGAACGUCGAGCACAUGCUGAAGACCAACUUCGAGAACUACCCAAAAGGCGACAGAUUCACCACUAUUCUCUCCGAUUUUCUCGGGAGUGGAAUCUUCAACUCCGACGAUGAGAUAUGGCGGCGGCAGAGGAAGACGGCGAGCUAUGAGUUCAACACCAAGUCGCUCCGAAACUUCAUUAUUCGAAACGUCUUCGUCGAGAUCAAGACUAGGCUUGUUCCAAUUCUCGGCAAAGCCUCCGAAACGGGUCGGAUUCUAAAUUUACAAGAUGUUUUCGAGAGAUUUGCCUUUGAUAAUCUCUGCAAGCUGGCGUUCAAUUUCGAUCCAGGUUGUCUCGCCUCAGAUGAAAUCUCCAGCGACGGGGACAACUUCAUGAGGGCUUUUGAAGAAGCGGCGACGCUCAGCUGUGGAAGGUUCUUCUACGCAAUUCCUUCAUUAUGGAAGCUCAAGAGAUUCUUCAACGUCGGAUCAGAGAGACGCGUUAGAGAAUCAAUCUCCGCCGUCCAUAAAUUUGCGGACGGUAUCAUAAGGUCGAGAAUGGAAACAAGAGCGGAAGUGAACACAGAGGAUUUGCUUUCCCGGUUCAUCGGGAACGACGAGAACUCGGCCGAGUUUCUACGAGACAUCGCAAUCAGCUUCAUUCUGGCCGGGAGAGAUACGACGUCGUCUGCUUUGACAUGGUUCUUUUGGGUCCUGGCUUCGCGACCGGAUAUACAACAGAAAAUCUCCAACGAGAUUAAAGAAAUUCGUAUCCGAACUGCCAAAUAUUUAGAGAAAGGCGAGAGUUUCGGCAUUGACGAUAUCCGAGAAAUGCAUUAUUUGCAAGCGGCAAUUUCGGAGUCCAUGAGACUUUACCCUCCGGUACCGGUCGACCCAAAGGAAUGUUUAGAAGACGAUACAAUGCCUGAUGGCACGUUUGUGGGAAAGAAUUGGUUAGUGAUGUACAGCAGUUUUGCAAUGGGGAGGAUGGAGGCAAUUUGGGGAAGAGACUGCGAAGAGUUUCGGCCGGAGAGGUGGCUCGAAGACGGUGUUUGCCGGCAAGAGAAUCCGUUUAAGUUUCCGGUGUUUCAUGCCGGGCCGAGAAUGUGUCUAGGAAAAGACAUGGCUUUUAUUCAGAUGAAGUCGAUUGUAGCAUCCGUGAUUGAGAGGUUUAAGAUAGACGUAUUGAAUAAGGACACGUGUCCGGAGUAUGUUAUGGCUCUUACUCUUAGAAUGAAAGGUGGAUUGCCUGUUAGGGUGAGGAAAAGAUCUGAGGGUAUGGCCAUUUGAUUUUGGUGAUGUUUGUAAUGUGUGUAUGCAUUAAUUAGUUAAUUAAUUUCCUUAUGCGUCCUAAACCAUGUUCAUGUAUGAAGAAUGUGUGGA